AUGAACUGUCUGAAACUCUUCACCGUCCUCGUUGUCGCCUUUGUGUUCCACCUCAGCUCGCUGGACGGAGUACGGGCUAUCCCAAGCAGGUACUCUGCUGUUCCCCGUGAGUCAGACACCGUGCUCCCUGAGUGGUACUCCUGGCAGAUCCCAGUGCUGAGGAAGAGAUCUCCCACUGGCGGGUUGGCUGCAUUCCCCGUGCAAGAGCCUUUUAAGCCAAAGAGCUUCCGUGUGGAAAAGAGAAUGUGCAACACUGCCAGCUGUGUGACACAGCGUCUCGCAGACCUUCUGAGUCGAUCCAAAACAUAUUUGGGUGCCUUUUACACACCAACAAAUGUGGGUUCAAACUCUUAUGGCAAGAGAGACAGCAUGGGACUGUACAACAGAGAAUUCCUCAGUUACCUUCAACGCUAG